AUGGUCCUUCAAGAUCUCGGGCGGCGUAUAAACGCCGCCGUCAACGACCUUACAAGGUCAAGCAAUAUCGAUGAACAGGCCUUUGAUGCUAUGAUCAAAGAGAUAUGUGCCGCCCUCCUCUCCGCCGACGUCAACGUUCGCCUCGUCCAGUCUCUCCGCAAAUCCAUCAAAUCCUCCGUGCAAUUCUCCUCCCUCCCGCCCGCCGUAAAUAAAAAGCGCCUAAUACAAAAAACUGUUUUCGACCAACUGGUGGCUCUGGUGGACCCGCACUGUGAGCCGUUCAAGCCGAAGAAGGGAAGAUCAAAUGUCAUCAUGUUCGUUGGUCUGCAGGGUGCGGGUAAAACGACAACGUGUACGAAGCUGGCUCGACAUUACCAAACUCGCGGUUUCAGAGCGGCUCUUGUUUGCGCAGAUACUUUCCGUGCCGGCGCUUUCGAUCAACUUAAGCAGAAUGCAACCAAGGCAAAGAUCCCCUACUACGGCAGCUUAACGCAGACAGAUCCCGUUGUCGUUGCUGCAGAGGGAGUAGCCAAGUUUAAGAAGGAGCGUUUCGAUAUCAUCAUUGUCGAUACGAGUGGUAGGCAUAAGCAGGAAGCGGAUCUGUUCGCAGAAAUGACCCAGAUCCAGACGGCGAUAAAACCAGAUCAAACCAUCUUGGUUCUGGACGGCACCAUCGGACAGGCUGCUGAGAUCCAGUCAUCUGCAUUCAAAGCUACGGCAGAUUUUGGCGCUAUAAUCAUCACCAAAACGGACGGUGCCGCAGCCGGUGGAGGUGCCAUUUCCGCCGUCGCCGCAACCCAUACACCCAUCAUUUUCCUAGGAACGGGAGAGCACAUGCUGGACCUCGAACGAUUCGCUCCAAAACCUUUCAUCCAAAAACUCCUGGGGAUGGGCGACAUGGCUGGCUUAGUCGAACAUGUUCAAGCGGUGACAAAGGACUCCGCAACUGCCAAAGAAACUUACAAACACAUCACAGCUGGUAUCUUCACCCUCCGCGACUUUCGCGAAAAUAUCACCUCCAUAAUGAAAAUGGGACCUCUAUCAAAGAUCUCAAGCAUGAUUCCCGGCCUAUCAAACAUCACGUCUGGUUUGGACGACGAAGACGGCUCCCUCAAACUCCGCCGCAUGAUCUACAUCUUCGACAGCAUGACCGCCGCAGAACUCGAUGGCGACGGCAAGGUAUUCAUCGACCAACCUUCCCGCAUCGUCCGUGUUGCAUGUGGCAGCGGCACCACCGUCCGGGAAGUUGAGGACCUCCUCUCCCAACACAAGAUGAUGGCGGGAAUGGCGAAGAGGGUUGGUGGACAGAAGAAACAGAUGCAGCGUGCACAGAGUAUGCUUAAAGGCGGCAAUAAAGAGCAGCAGAUGGCUGCUAUGCAGAAGCGUAUCGCGGCUAUGGGUGGUGCGGGUGGUAUGCCUGGGAUGGGAGGUAUGGGUGAUAUGGCGAAGAUGAUGCAGAUGUUGCAGGGUGGUGGGGGCCCUGGCGGUGCAGGCGGUGGAGGGAUGCCUGGACUGGGAGGAAUGGAUUUGAAAAGUAUGAUGAGCCAGAUGAGUGGGUUGAUGGGAGGAGGUGGGAGGGGAAGGGGAAGAUAA